AUGGAGAAGAAACUGAACGACAGGAGUGGAUUUCUUCACAAGCAGGAUGAGGAGAAGGGGUUACUUUCAGCCCAUAUGGAGCAGACUGAAGGGAGCACAAGCUCCAGGUCAUAUGCCUCAUUCAACUUCAUUAACUCCAUCAUUGGAUCUGGACUUAUUGGCUUGCCAUUUGCAAUGGCCCAGGCCGGCCUACCCCUGGGACUGCUGCUGCUUUUCCUGGUUGCAUUCAUUACAGAUUACUCAAUCAUCUUGUUAAUAAAAGGGGGAAACUUGUCAGGGACACACAGUUAUCAGUCUCUUGUACACAGCACUUUCGGCUUUGUUGGAUACCUAAUUUUGUCAGUCCUGCAGUUCCUCUAUCCAUUCAUCGCAAUGAUAAGUUACAACAUCAUCACUGGAGAUACAAUGACCAAAGUGUUUCAGAUAAUACCAGGAGUUGGUCCUGAUCAUAUUCUGGCAGAGAGGCACUUUGUCAUUUUGGCCUCUACCAUCCUCUUCACAAUUCCUCUCUCACUGUACAGAGAUAUGGCUAAACUGGGAAAGGUCUCAUUAUUGUCCAUGCUGCUAACUCUGGCCAUCAUUGUCAUAGUAGCUGUGAGAGCUGUAACACUGGGACCACAAAUCCCCCCAUCUGAGGAUGCAUGGGUGUUCGCACAGUGGACCGCAAUUCAAGCAGUUGGUAUCAUGUCAUUUGCCUUUAUCUGCCACCACAACACUUUCGUGAUCUAUGGGUCGCUCAAGGAGCCCACUCUAAGUAAUUGGUCCCAGAUCACACAUGUGUCUGUGGGCUCAGCUGCUCUAGUCAGUUUGCUGUUUGCUGCUACUGGCUAUGCUACUUUCACUGGGUACACACAAGGUGAUAUUUUUGAGAACUAUUGCAAAUAUGAUAACUUGGCCACAUUUGGUCGAUUCUGCUAUGGACUCAGUAUAAUCACCACCUUCCCUUUGGAGUGCUUUGUGACAAGAGAGGUGGUGUCAAAUAUCUUUUUUAAUGGACUACUUAGCAACACAGCCCACAUCGUGGUUACCUUGGUGAUAAUAUUAGUGGUUACAGCAAUAUCCCUCUCAUACGACUGCCUUGGUCUCGUGCUGGAGUUGAAUGGUGUUCUAUGUGCUACACCUCUGAUCUUCAUCUUUCCGUCGGCCUGUUUCCUGAAACUCUCCAGUGGGCGUUGGUUUCAGAUGAAGAAACUUAUGCCAAUGCUUAUUCUCAUGGCUGGAGUUUUUGUCAUGACUGUCGGUUUGAUUAUGACAGGACUGUCUCCUCAGGACUGUUCACAUGGAGUGGAGAUGUUUUACUGCACAGACUUGAACUCCUCUGCUUCUUUAAUUAUAACUCCAGCGAGUAGUGUGCUUCCAUUUAUGAAUACGACUCAGAACAUUAGCAUUUUCUAA